GCAGGGCCCCGCGGCCCCUGCCGUGCCGAAGUUGGCGCUGGGGGGCGCGCCGAAGUUGGCUGUGCCCAAGCUGGCGCUGGGCGCGCUGCAGCUCGGAGGCCCCGCCGUUGGGGCCGCGGUGCCGCCGGCCGGGCUCCGCCCAGCCGCUGCCGUGAGCUCUUCGGUGCGCAAGCCCGCGGUGCCACCCCUGCGGCUGGGCGGCCAGGGCGCGGCCUUGCGCCAGGCCGAGAGCGGCGUGGCCCCAGAAGUGGGCGGCAGCGUCAGCCACGCCAUUCCGGAACAAGACGGAUCGUCAAGUGGUUCGAGCGCUGCGAGCAGCUCUAGGGAGCCCUCGCCCAAGCAGGCUUCGCCGAUUGAGCAGAGGCGGCCCCGCGCGGCCGUGGAGACGCCCAGCGCUUCGCUGAUCGGGACGCAGAGGUCGUCCCUCGACGCCACGCCGCGUCCCACGCCGGGCUCCGCCGCCAGCAUCCAGUUCCGGAUCGGGCGGGUCGCAGGCUUGAUCGACAAGGUGCAGCGUCGCCUGGAUCGCCCGCCGCCAGAGGCCUUGCCGCAGCGUUUGCUCCAGGGGCCGGAGAGCCCAGCCCGGCAGCCAGAGGGAGAGACGCGCCGAUCCUGGCAGGCGUCGUCCUCGAGGAUGAGCGACACGACGUCUUCGCCGUCGACUCUGAGAUAGCCCGCUGAUGGUGCAUGAGACCGCGACGGCCUGUUCAAUCCGCUCACGUUUCUGUACCGUUAGUCACGAUCGCCGUCUUGAUUCGUCGUGAUGU